AUGGAAAAUUUUAAUAUUAAUAAAGGGAUCAUCUCCUCAGGUAUAGGUGCGGGUGCGAGUUUGGGACUUUACGGAGCCUUCGCGUGUGCUCUCGCUGGAGGUUGCAUUGCUCCUUGGUUAGACGAAGAAAACAAGAUAUAUGAUCUUAACUGGUGUAAUAAUGUGAAUUUAGCUGGUAAUGCGAUUAAUUUUGGUGCAAAUGCUAUUGAAGCAGGAUUUAUUUGGAACAAUCAUACUAGGAUAUCUAAACUGGAAGAGGAAUUAAUGAAUAGGCAUUAUUGCGGAAUUAAUAGGGAUGAAAACAGUAAAGAAUUUGUAGACAAUAUGGUAAAUCUAGGAAUUUUGAAAGGGAGAGUUAAUGCUCUUGAAAAAGAAAAAGAAGAUACAAAAACCUUGAAAGUGAGGGUUGAUGUUCUUGAAAAAGAAAAUAAUAAAUUAAAAGAAUAUAUUCCUACCACGAAUAAAAGAAUGUCUAAUUUAGAGGAGGAACUAAGGUUCAAUGAUACAUAUUUCUCUUUCCAGAUUCCCGAGAAGAUCAGCACUAAGAAACCUCCAGAAGUGAUUUUCACAAAUGCUGAUGAACAUUAUCAUCAGCAAGAAGAACAAAAUAUUUACCAAAUUCCAAAGGUUGUUUUCCCUAAUACUAACAAAUAUCAUCAUCAACAACAAAGUAGUUAUUCAGCUCCAAUUGUUAUUCCUAGUACUGAUGAACAACAAAAUAUUUAUCCUGCACCCUUUCUUCAAUUAAAUCAAUUUCCAAAUCAACACCAGCAACAGCAUGUUUUUGAACAUAAAAAUAUUUGUUUAAAAAAUAAAGAAAAUAAAGAUAGUCAAUGGAGUGACAGAGAAGUAGAAAUUUUAAUUGCCUAUCUGGAUGAAAAUUAUAAGAAUUGGUCCUCUGGUAAUAAAAACAAAUUUUAUCAAGCUUUGAUUGAUAAAAAUUUAUUGGCUGGUAAAAAUAAUGAGCAAAUAAAAAAUAAGUUGAAUAAAUUACGUAAUUCAUAUUUAAAAGAAAAAAAAUCAACUAAUAAGACUGGAUCAGCACCAACUAAAUGGAAAUGGUUUGACAAAUUAGACAAAAUAUUUGGUACAAGAGAGAAUGUAAGUCCUACAUAUUUGGCAUUGUCCACUAAUGAUACAUAUACAGAUAAUGAAGAAAUUUAA